GAAGGCGACAUCUUGAUCAAUCGUUAUAGUCGAUCUUCCAAACACGUCAUGAUCAUGACUCUCUUCAGCGUCCAGUCGCUCACUGACAACCAUCAAGCAAGCCAGACAACGCAGACGCAACCGAUUUCACCGGGAUGUUUUUCAACUACUUCGAGCAGCGAUGCUAGCAGCCUUUACGCUGGAUCACCAGUCUCCGAUACGAGCACCAGCGAUGCGAGUAGUAAAAAACCCACUGAAUCUUACAUCGCACUUAUCGCGAAGGCCAUUUUGAGUGUCCGUGAGCAGAAAAUGCUACUGUGCGAUAUUUACCAGAAUAUCAUGGACAUCUACCCGUUUUACCGGAACAACGACAAAAGUUGGCGCAACAGCAUUCGCCAUAACUUAUCCCUAAACGAGUGCUUUAUCAAAAACGGACGAAGCAACGAUGGUAGAGGAAACUAUUGGUCCAUCCACCCAGCUAAUUUGGAGGACUUCGUCAAGGGCGAUUUCAGACGCCGAAAAGCUCGUCGCCGAGUCCGCCAGUGUUACGACAUGGUGAACGCCGUCUACUGCCACCACCCAUUCGCCGCCGCAGCAGCCUACGGACCAUCCGGUUACGUACCAAUGACUGCGUCUUCUUUACCCUACAACUACUUCAGUCAUCCCAGCUUCACAACCCCCAUGUACCCAGCUUCACCGAGCAUGUACUCGCCUUCUCACCAAUACACCACACCGGCAGCAGCAGUAACGACAACGCCAAGCAUGUACUCACCGUCUCACCAAUACACCGCGCCGACAACAACGUCACUACCAGUCUCACCGGAACCGGUUCCCAGUCUGUCAUCGUACUGCAGUCAGCCGCUUCCAGUUUCACCGCCACAACCCCUUCAAUGCCGCCAAUGAUGUCGGCAGCGUCAUGGCAGGACACUUUCAACAGAUUACAAGCCAUGAAAUAAUUACUUUCUUUAGAUUCAUAUUUUGUGAGAUAUUUACAUUUUACGGGUCAUUCGUUGACUUUGCUUGUUUUGAGCAUUAUUUACGAGUAUAUGCAUAAGAUAUUUGCA